AUGUUAUUAUUAAUUGUGAGUGUGGCUGGAAUUAUUUUAAAUAAUGUCCUUGCAUUACAUUAAUAACAAGCAGGAGUACAUGAUUGGAAUAAGAGACUCUUUGGUGAACUUAGAAAUAUUCAAGUUUAAGAUUAAACAAUAUUUUAUUAAAACAAGAACAAUCAAAAUGGAGUUAUUGAUAAAUCAACAGGUUUUAUGAAUUGUUAAAUAUUUAGGUUAAGUAAAAUAUAGAAAUUCUUAUACUAUGUGUGAUUCUUAUAAUUAUGUCACUUAUGAACCAAAUUAAUAGAUUAUUUAGUUAUUUAAUGAUGGAUAUUCAGUUUUAGCAGAAUAAGAAAUAGUUGGCAAUAUUGACCAUUGUUUAAUAGGAUUGAAUGGAAAAUACAUACUAAUUUAUGGAUAAAAUAUACUCUCUCCUACAAGCAGUAAAAUAAUUGAAAAGUAUCUAUAUAGAUAAUUUUAGAGUUGAUUAUAAGAUUUUACAUGCAGGAUACAUAUUUGAUGAUCCAAUAAUUGUAUUGCAAUAAUAAAAUGAAAUUUGUGUAUAUUAGAUUAGAGAAUCAGUAUCAUAAAACUAUUGUGUAGAAAGUUUGUAUGAUGGUUAAAUUCAUGAAUUUGGUAAUACACUUAUAUAUUAUGAUGAUAAAUUUGCUUAUCAUCUUAAAGAUAAAUCUGCCAAAACUUUGGAUAUUGAACUUAUAAAGAAAGUAGAUAAAUUUAUUGGAUUAACAUAAGCAUUAGUAAUCAAAGACAAAUCAAAAAAGCAAAUAGUUAAUUUGGAUGGGUAAGUUGAAUAUGAAUUAAGUUCAGAUGAAUUUGUUAUUUAAAAUUUAGAGACUUAAAAAUAUUAUUAUAUUGUUACAUAAAAAAAUAAUGAAUUAAAAAUAGUAACAUUUGAUAGAGAUACAAAAUAAAUUCAUUCUGAUAUAAUUGAAUUAUAAUCAAAGUCAUCAAUAUUAAAUGCUUUUUUAAUUGAUUAAAAUAAAAGAUAAUUCUUGAUUUAGUAUUCUGAUUUAUAAACAGUUUUAGUUGACAAUAAAGGUAUUAAAUGGACAACUGAAUAAUCUUUAAUAAGCAUAGACACAAUUUUUUAUGAAAAAUAUUAGAAUUAAGAAUAGACUCAUAAAAAUUCAUAUUAUGAAUCACUUGAGAAACAUGGAUCUAACAAUCCUUUAUUUUUAGUUUAAAAUGUUAUUUCUAGAGUUUUGAAUGAAAUUAGAGAUUUAUAAGAAUUAGCUAUUCAUUUUAUUGAUAAUUUGGGUAAAGAGAAAGUCUAAACAAGAGAAAUGGAAUAGACCUAUGGAUUAAAAUAAAAAGUAUACUUUUUAACAACAUAUGGAACUUUAUUAUGUUACGAUUCUUAAGAGUUAUCUUUGUUAGUAAAGUUACAAAUAAAUAAUUAAGAUAAAACAUUUAAAUUAGUCGCACAUCAUUAGAUAGAGUAUAAUAAUAUAUAAAUAUAUUUAGUUCUAAUUUAAUAAGACAUUUUGAUAAUAAUGAUGCCUAACCAACUCAUGUUUUGUUUUAUUAUUCAAAAGAGAAAUAAAGAUUAAAUACUUUUAUAUUAGACUUGUAACAUGGAAUAAUUUAAUAAGUUGCAUCAUAAUCUUCUAAAAAUAUCUUAUGGACAAUACCUUAUAGAGUAGAAGGAGGACCUGGAUAGCAUCAUAAUAUUAUUAUUCUAAUUGAUGAAGAAAACAAUGUAUUUACAUAUCCUAAACAUGAUUCCUUAAAUACUAAAGAAAUUAUUUUAUAUAGAAACGAUAAUGGUGUAUUAAGAGGAUAUAAAUUAUUUAAUAAUUAAUUAGUCAAUAUAUGGACUAUCAAUGUAAAAGAUGAAAUCUUAAUUAUCAGAUCAUCUUAUCAUGUAGGAGAGGAAAAUCCAAGAGUUGCCAUUUGGGAUGAUAGAAAAGUUAUAUAUAAAUUAAUUGAUCAAUCUAAUUUUGCAGUAUUAACAUCAGAUGGAGAUAAACUUAAAUUAUUUAUUAUUAAUGCUAAAACAGGCAAGAUCAUAUUUUAAAGUGUCUAAAGUGAAGCUGAUUUUAAUUAACCAAUCAAUUUAGUUUUUGAUGAACAUUAAGUUUUUGUUACUUAUUACAAUAAAGCAUAAAUGAUGUUUGAAAUUUGGACUGUUGAAAUCUAUCAUGCUAAAGUUGAAGUUUCUUUUAUUAAAAUGUUAGAAAACUAUUAUUUUACAAAAACACCAAUAAUCACUAAUUAUUAUAAAGCUGAUUUUGAAGCAUUUUUCUUAUAAUAGGUUUAUGGAUAUCCUUUAGGAAUUAAAUAUCUUGGAAUGUCUAAAACUCUAAAAUCAUUGACUAAAAAAAAUUUAUUGGUAAUAACUACAUCAGGAUAAUUACAUUCCUUAGACAGAAAUUUAGUAUCAACUAGAAGAAGAGAAAAAGCAGAUUAACCUAUUUUAGAAUAUUCCCUAUAAUCAGCGGAACUUCCUCCAUAUCAAUAUUAAUUACCAGUUAAUUUUUAAAAUAUGCUUACAUAUCAUUAAACUGUAUUACUAUUAUUAAUUUAUUAGUUUGAUAUUGAAAAAUUUUCAAUAGAAUCCACAAAUUUAGAAUCAUCAGCAUUAUUACUAGUAUAUGGUUCUGAUAUCUUUUUUACAAGAAUAGCUCCUGAUAAAGUAUAUUAUAAAUAUUAUAUUUAGACUUACGAUAUGUUAUUGGAUAAUUUCAACUAUAAUGCCCUUAUAGCCACAACUAUUUUGAUAGCAAUUGCAACAAAAGUGUUAUCAAAAUUGGUCAAAUCAAGUAAAUAGGUUAAAUAAUUUUAUCUAAAUUGA